ACCCGCUAUUAGUCAUUAAUGAGUAAAAUAUAAAUCUGACCCAACUCUACCAAGCUCUGGACUCCGCUUCUGUUCCUCUUGAAGAAAGAGGGUAAUUGCUGCAGCAGAAAAUUGGUUGGAUCUCCAGAGAGCACAAUGGCGAGAGUCAUCACAGCACUGGGUGUUCUGCUCACUUUGCACAUGGCUUUAUCCAAUAAGCUGGUGUGCCAUAUGACCAACUGGGCACAGUACAGGCCAAGCACUGGCGCAUUCACUCCAGACAAUAUCGACCCCUUCUUGUGCACCCAUGUCAUCUAUUCUCUGGCCACCAUUAACAGCUUCAAUCAGCUCAGCCCCAUUGAGUGGAACGAUGAACAGCAGUAUGGGAGACUCAACAGCCUCAAGAAUGUUAAUCCUGCACUGAAGACUCUGCUGUCGGUUGGAGGAACAGUCAAUGGAAUGAGCCCAUUCAUCGCCGUGGUUUCCAGGCCUGAAAGCCGUGCAGCCUUCAUUAGGUCGGCCAUCAGCUUCCUGCGCAACCAUAACUUUGAUGGAAUAAACCUGGCCUGGGAAUAUCCAGGACACAAUGGCAGCCCACAGGAAGACAGGGAGAGGUUCACUCUUCUGGUCACGGAGAUGUCCAAGGCGUUUGAGGAUGAUGCCAGAGACAAUAGGAUGACUCAGCUGUUGCUGUCAGCCAGUGUUGCUGCAUUCCGUCCCAACAUAGAUAAAGCCUACGAAGUCAACAAGAUUUCACCUCACUUUGACUUCAUCAAUGUCAUGACCUAUGACUUCCAUGGACACUGGGAAGGAGCUACUGGACACAACAGCCCACUGUACCGCAGCUCUGUGGACUCCGGCUCACACAUUUAUCACAAUAUCAACUCUUCAUUAUCCUACUGGCUUGCUCUAGGAGCACCGGCUGAGAAGCUGCUAUUGGGUUUCCCCACUUAUGGACGAACCUACCGACUCACCAGCGCUGCUACCAACCUGGGAGCACCAGCUAAUGGCCCCGCAGACGCCGGGCCAUACACUCGCACUGCUGGCUUCUGGGCCUUCUAUGAGAUCUGUGACUUCAUCUCCAGUGCUACCGUUGGGUGGAUCUCUGAGCAGGAGGUUCCAUAUGCCACCUUUGGCAGUUCCUGGGUAGGCUAUGAUGACAAGCGCAGCUUCUCCUCCAAGGUCGAGUGGAUGACUGCUAACAACCUGGGAGGUGCUCAUGUGUGGACUCUGGACAUGGAUGACUUUGGUGGAUCCUUCUGCUCAGAUGGGCCAUAUCCUCUCAUCAACCACCUCAGAAUGUCCAUGGGCUUCCCGCCAAAGCCUACCACCACCCCCGCCCCCACCACUACCAGGGACCCAAUUGCCGACUUCUGCCAUGGCCGCCCUGAUGGCCUGUAUGAGAACGUAGCUGACAAGACGACCUACUUCCAGUGCUUCCAGGGAAUCACUUACUUGCAUCGCUGCCAGCCUGGCCUCAUCUACUGGGACUCCUGCAAGUGCUGCAACUGGCCCUGAGCCUCAGAAACAUGAACUCCAACACGCUGAGUCCAUGAAUGCAUGAGACUGUGAAUUAAGUUUCAGUAAAAUCAUUUCACAGUGUUAGUUUUUCACUGAUUAACUUCAUGGUGCUGUAUUAUAUCAGGAACAGAAUGUAAAGCAAUGAGAAAUCUGCUGUCUCUUUGCAAUAUUCUUCUUUACAGUCUCAUCUCCCUUCCUAAACAAAAUAAACUGAACCUUACUAUUACCUGA